AAAGAACCGGAACGGACGUCACGUCGUCGCUCAAGUUGCGAUACUCGAACCGAGUCGUACCGUCGCGGUGGCCUCUAUCGUCGCACGUAGCUCUCUCUUCCGGCGAUCCGCAAGACGAAGAGGUCCCCGUUGAACGUCCUGCUCUCUUCGUCAAAUAUUUACACGUCCAGGACACGUUCUAGCCAUGGCCAUCGGUGACUUGAAAACCGACAAGGGCGUUAAGGAUCUCAACACCUACCUCGCCGAUCGCAGUUACGUCGACGGGUGGCAACCAACUCAAGCCGAUGUUGCAGUACUUGAAGCACUUGGGAAAGCACCGUCAUCUUCAAAUCCUCAUGUACUUCGUUGGUACAACCACAUAAAAUCAUAUGAUCUUAAGACAUUACCUGGUGAAAAGAAAGCCCCUGCUAUCUUCAGUGCAGCUAGCACUCCAGUUUCGUCCGCAGCAAAGGCAAAUGAGGAUGAUGAUGAUCUGGAUUUGUUCGGGUCGGACGAUGAAGAAGACGCGGAAGCCGCGAAGGUCAGAGAGGAAAGGCUAAAAGCAUAUGCGGAGAAGAAAUCGAAGAAACCCGCGGUCGUCGCUAAGUCGAGUAUCGUAUUAGACGUGAAGAGCUGGGGCGAUGAAACAGAUAUGAAAGAAAUGGAAAAUAAGGUGAGAUCGAUCCAACAAGACGGUCUCGUUUGGGGUGCAUCAAAACUUGUCCCAGUCGGUUACGGCAUAAAUAAGUUACAGAUAAUGUGCGUGAUAGAAGAUGAAAAAGUGUCUGUGGACUUGUUGAUGGAACAGAUUCAAGAGUUCGAAGAUCUAGUUCAAUCUGUAGACAUUGCUUCGUUCAAUAAAAUCUAAGGAAACUAAAA